AUGUUUGUUAGCCAUGAAAUUAUCAUCUUGGGCUUUUUCACUGCAUCUGUUUUUUCUUGUUCUCCCAAUAACUUUGACGGGAAUUUUAUCACAAUAAGUUUUGCUGGAGCUAAUAAUUGGCGAAUAAAUAUAGCAGGCGGUAUUGUGCAACAAAACGCACAAAUUAUCACUUAUAACAGCGGCAAUCAACCAGCUCCAAACGAAAUAUUCAUGAUACCGCAGCAGCCGACACGUGGAGUUUUUGAGCUUCUCCCCUAUAUCAGUUUCUAUCAAGAUUAUGUCAUUGGGAUGCCAAGUGUAAAUGCUGGUGACACUUUCAAAUUGCAAACGAGAGACGAUUCAAAUGCUCAAAAAUUCACUUUCGACUGUAAUACUUGUAACAUCCAAACAAAUUCUCAGAACUGGACGCCAUACCACACCUCAUGUCAGAUAAAGAACAUCGGCUUUGGUUUUUGUAUGAUUGGUGGCGACUAUUUUACUAAUGUGAAUCAGACUUACUGUACAACUGCGAGUAACUGGGACCUUUGGGGAAGGAUAUCACCUUAUAUUACCAAUUCUACUACCUCAUCGAAUAUUACCAAUUCUACUACCUCAUCAAAUAUUACCAAUUCCACUACCUCAUCGAAUAUUUCCGAUUCCACGACCCCACCUAAGACUCCCGCAUCAUCGAUUUCAAGUAUUUCAUCUCAUAGCAACAUGGAAGAGACUCCUGGUGUUCAACUCUCACCAGGUGAACUUGUGGGCAUAGUUGUGGGAUCUUGCGCGGUUACAGCGCUUAUUGCUCUUUUGGUGUAUUGGUUUUUCCGUCGUCGCCAGAAAUAUACCAUGGACGUUGAUCGCGUCAAUGUUCAAGUUCACGGUUAA